AUGAAUUUGGAACGUAUACCUACUGUUCAUCCGACAGAAGAUGAAUUUAAGGAUAUUAUAAAUUAUAUAUCCGAAUCACGUAUAAGAAGAUUGGGAAAUAAAUAUGGUAUGAUUAAAAUUGUGCCUCCAAUAAAUUUUAAACCACCAUUAUCAUUGGAUUUUUCAAAAUUUAAAUUUAAAGUUAGAAAACAACAAUUAAAUCAAUUAAAUUUAAUUAAUAGAGCAAGAUUAUUUUUCAUUAAACAGAUUAAUAAUUAUUUAAAAGUAAAUCAAAAAGAUUCAAAUUUUUUUUGUAAAAAAAAAUAUUUUUUGAUUGAUAUUAAUAAAGAGAAAAAAAUUAAAUUAUUUUUAUAUGAUAUUUAUAUUUCAAUAAUAAAAUAUUAUAAUCAAAACAUAACCUGGGAAAUGUUAUUAAUCUUAGUAAGAGAUAGUUAUAAUAAUGCUUUAUUAAUUCCAUCAAUAAAAAAUGUUGAAAAAAAUAAUAAAUUAUGGAAAAUUUUAUCAAAACAAUUUAAUAAUAUCCCUAUUUCAACUUUAAAAUAUUAUUUUAAUAAAUAUAUUAAAGAUUAUUAUUCAUAUAUUCAUCUUCAAUAUCAACAAAACUUACCAUCUUUACACUAUAAUGACGAAUAUCCAAAAUCUUUACUUAGUGACAACGAAGAAAGUGAAGAGCAAGAUGAGGAUGAUAGUGACAGUGAACAAGGAAAUGCGGAAGAAUGCGCAUUAUGUUACGAAUAUGAUCACAUUGAAGAUUUAAUUACCUGUAAUUCAUGCAAAAAAUAUUUUCAUAUUGGUUGUAUUAAUGAGGCAAAGGGUGAAAAACAUAUCGAAACGGCAAUUCCACCCUCCAAUUUACAAAAUUGGGUAUGUAGACAUUGUAUUAUGGGUAAUGGAUAUUAUGGUUUCCAUAUGAGUAACCAGGAUUAUUCACUAGCUAACUUCCUUGAAGUGACAAAUUCAAAGAGAUCUUUCGAUAAUGAUAAUGAAACUUUAACAAGAUUAGAAAAAGAAUUUUGGCAGUAUGUCAAUAAUAUUGAUAAAUCAAAAAUCGUAAAAUAUGGUGCAGAUAUACAUAAUACAGUGUCUGGUACAAUAUCAGGCUUCCCAACUUCAAAUUAUAUCCCGCCUAACCAGAAGGACAAUUUAAAGGAAUAUAUGACAUAUGCUACACAUCCAGCAAAUUUGGUUAAUUUACCAAAUUCCAAAGGAUCAUUAUUACCAUUAUUUAAAGAUACAAUAUCCGGGAUGACAAUACCUUGGGUUUAUGUAGGCUCCGAAUUUUCUACUUUUUGCUGGCAUAUGGAAGAUCAAUAUACUUUAAGUGCCAACUACCAACAUGAGGGAGCACCAAAAGUUUGGUACAGUAUUCCGGACUCAAGUUGUACUAAAUUCCAAGAUUACUUGGUUUCUUCAACUCCAGAUUUGUUUCUAAGACAACCUGAUCUAAUGCAUCAAUUGACUAGUCUAGUAUCACCAGAGGUUCUUACUAAGAAUGGAAUAACAUGUUAUAAGGCAAUUCAAAAUCCAAAUGAAUACAUAAUUACUUUCCCAAAAUGCUAUCAUGCUGGCUUUAAUUCCGGGUAUAAUUUAAAUGAAGCAGUAAAUUUUACCUCAGAGUUUUGGUUACCAUAUGGUAUGAGUGCAAUUAAUGACUAUAAAGUUUCGAAAAAACAGUGUGUUUUUGAGAUGUUUGAUUUACUUAUUACAAUAUUAGAAAAUUACCUACAAGGUAAGCAUGCUGACAUAUUUAGUGAAUCACUUGUCAGAAGUUCAUACAAUUUUUUACUAAGCACAUUCAACGAAAUUAAUAAAGAUUUAUCUAGGAUAAACGAUACUCGUAACUUCCUUCCUUCCUUUAUUGACCGAGCUGGACUCAGGUCAAGAACCAAAUUGUUAGAAAACUCUAUCAAAUCGAGGAUGAGAGUCAUUAAAAAGAAUGACAAUGAUGAAAAUGAGGAGGCUCAAUUAUAUUGUACUCACUGUAAAACAAUCUGUUCGUUUGCAUUUAUGGUACACCGAAAGAAAGGGAGCUCAACAAUGAAACCUAGAAAGAAAUUAAGCGCAGAUAAUUCUAAAAAUUGGAUGGAUUUUGUUACAUAUGUCUAUGACAAAAGGCCAACAACAGACUUUGACAUUCUCUGUCUACAUGACUAUCUUACACUGGUUGUAAAUGAGAAAACUCAAAUGUUUUCACACAAUUCUGACGAUGAACUUUAUAUCUUAAAAGAUAUGUCCUACAUCGACAAUCUUCUCAACAAUUCUGGAGACAAGAUAGAUAGACUAUAA